AUGGCGGUCCACGAGACGCAAGUUCAACCAGAAAGGGACCAGCCUGCGAAGACUCCUUUGCCAGUAUACUCUAUGCUUCCGAGCGCCUUGCAAAACAGCCUGCAACCGCUGGUUUUGGUCCGAAGAAGCCUCACAGACUACGGCCUUCGACCACGGAGAAGAGUCACCAGCCUAGACACGUACCGCAGUGAAAGUGAACAUACACAGGUGGUCCCAGAUAAGAUGGCCGUAGCAGGCGAAUGCACGGCAGACAGCGCAGAGGUCCCAGGCAUAAGCUGGAAGUUUGCCCGCCAUGCGGGAAUAACUACGUUUUACAAGGACAAAGACGAUAGCGACUUCUGGAUACCGCUUGUUGCCGUCACCAGGGAUGUCUUUCCUGCUGAAAAUAAUGGACACCAUGGAUCUUCUCCAUCUGAUGAACCACCCGCUGCCAAUGUUCCCAUUGAAAAGGCUCCACCAAGCAAAUCUGCCGCUCGCUUUGACGACACGCCGUCCCCUAUGCGCGCCGAUGGCAACAGCACCAAUGUCAAGCCUCUGAUCAGUCCCGAAGAAGUACCCCACGCUGAUACGAUUACUCCUCAGGAUGUACGCCCUGCUUCUACAGAUCCAACCCGAGAGGUACCCCGUGGCCCUAUCACUGCACCUCGGCAUGUACGUUCUGGUACUACGGUUCCAGGUCAGACAGCAUCUCGGGAUACCGUGAAUCCAACUCAGGAUGUACGCUCUGGUGCUAAGGCGUCACCUAAGGCCGGCGUCCAUGUGAAACCAACAAAUUUCAAGAACCGUCAAACGCAAAACGCUGGAGGACUGAAAUCUUUCUUUGGUCGUGGAAGGUUCCCCAAGGAAAAACCCCGCGAUGCUAUAUGUGCAUUUGAGGGAGUUCUAUUGGGUACUCUGGCUCUUCCUAAGGCCAGUUUCGCCGCGGGUCUACCGUCAGCAUCCGACGGGACGGCCACUACCCUGACCACUUUUUCCAAUCGUCCGUACUACCCAAAGCUUCGUCCCUCCCUCGGAUUCAGAUCAGUCGAACUCAGGCCAAACGCAGGUGGCACGAAACAGAACGAAAGAGAGCAAAGGGCGAAAGCACCUAGACUCGACGCGACUGGUCAUGACGAGAAGGCCAUGCGCACCAAUGCCCGGAAACUCGUUGAUGACCCUCGCGCGCCAAAACCUCUACAUGACCCAGCUACCAUGACGCCGGGCCAGCUAUUCAGGCAUCUCCAUCGCGAAAGGACCCAUGCUGGAGUCGCGAUUAAACGCAAAGUUUCUAUCAUCAUCAGCUCAAGUCUGAAAUCUCAGCCCGCUCUCGAGUUUAAGGUCAAGCCUGCUCAAAAAGCCAAGCCCGCUGCAUGUUUGUCUCGUUUCUCGUCCCCCUCACCCAAAGGUCGCAUAGAAAGAAGAAGAACGACAGUGGUCUCUAAUUCUUCACCUGAUGGUGACGAGGAUGCCAAUUCUCUCGCACUGUCGGCGAACAUAUCGAAAUUUUCUUAUCUCCAGAGUCCGACGUUCAAGGACCAAUGUGUAUGCUACGGGAUGGUUCGUGCCAAAAGCAAUCUACAAGCUAGUUGGCUCGCUCGCGGUACCUCAGCAUUAGCAAAGAGUGCCCGAGAAGUCACUACCCCGCUCGACAUCUGCCAAAUCUAUUCCUGA